AUGGCCGACGCUAUUUCGACCUCUUCCGAGGGCUCGCAGGAGUUCAAGAAAAGCAAUGGUAAGCAGUAUACCGAGUCCGUCGGGAUGUUCCAGAAUCUGGUCACUCUCCGCAACCAGGAUGGAGGUCGGUUCAGAAAGAUCUAUGAUGCCGACAUCGCCGAAAUUGUGAUUCUUGUUUAUAUAACGCCUGAUUUUAGAUUUUCAAAUUCCUGAAAAGUGGAGGACCCCGUUGAAGCUUCUCGGAGGACUGAUUGUAUUAAUUAUCAUCGUUAUUCUUGUGUGGGCUGGUAUGUAAUGUUACAAAUCACAAUAUCUCUCUAGAAUUGACCGAGAGAGCCACACAUCUUGGCCACAGAACCUACGAAGAUGGAUGUUCUCGUAGAUACUUUGGAGAAGAUUCCUUUGUCUGUGUGUGUAAUGGGUCUUAUUGUGAUGAGAUCAGACCGAUCGGACAUUUGGAGAGGAAUGAGGCCAUAGUUUACGAGACUUCAGCAGCUGAGUCAAGAUUGAGGCGAUUGUUCCAUCGGUUUCAGGAUGAACGGCCUGGUAGGUAACACCCUUUAUCGUGAUCUAGUUUCACAGAGAACGAGCACGUCAUCAGAGUGGAUCUCGCAAACCCGAAACAUUCAAUCCUUGGAUUCGGCGGUACUUUAACAGAUUCUGCUUACUUUAAUCUUGUAAAGUACACCAAUUUGACCAAUCUACUGCUUAAUCAGUUCUUUGGAGAACGAGGUAAUCAAUGUUUGAUUUAAAUUUUACCCUAAUCUUCUUCAGGAAUCAAGUACAACAUGUUAAAGGUCCCUGCUGGAUCAACUGAGUUCUCGGAAGAAUGUUACACUUACAACGAUAAAUCCUUCGACUAUGGUUUAAGGACAUUUUCUUUGGAGAAUGACUCAAAAGUAGGUUUAUUAGGAUCAUAAUUCAGUGUCUAGGUUCCAUUUAUCAAAGACAUCCUUGCUCUCAACAAUGAUAUUAAAUUGUUGGCCACUGGUUACUCAGCUCCUGGUUGGAUGAAGAAUUCUCAUAAGAUUCUGGGACCGGGAGAACUUAAAGGAUCUCCUCAGGACAUUUAUUACAGUCUUUAUACUGAAUAUCUGAUCAGGUAUACUCAAAAUAUUGGUAAUAAUUUUCGUUUUUGAUUUCAGAUAUUUGGAGCAAACAAGAACAUUGGGGUUGAAUUUCUGGGGAAUUUCGCCGUUAAACGAGCCUUUGACUAGCCUGACAGCUAAUGAUACAGCCUCACCGAGGAUGGCAAUGUCUUCCGAUAAUCUACGGUGGGCAAAGUUUAUUUCUUAUUAGUGUUUUACCUACAUCAAUGUCAUCAUUCAAGUCUGUCUUAUUUAGCCAAUUCAUCAACGAUGUGUUUGGCCCGUCCUUAAAAGGAAACAAAUUGACGAAAGAUGUGAAUAUUGUCUUCCAUGAAGACGCCAAGAAUUCUUUGUUGGGGAAUGUGAAUACGGUACGAAAAAAAUGUAAUUAAUGUCAUCAUUUCUAGUUAUAUCAAGAUGGAAGUGCCUUUAUUGAUGGAUUUUCGGUCCAUUCUAACUUUUUAAAUUCCAAUAAAUCUGUCAAUAAUCUCAUCCAAACUCACAAUUUCCAACCAGACAAGUUUAUCUUGUCAACCGAAGUAGGUUCUUAAAAAUUUUUUUACAUAAUAUCCAUGCCAGUCUCAUAAAUUUUGGUAUUUUUUCGAUAUUUUAAGUCCGUUCAUCGAGGCAGCGUUUCUCAAGGAAGUUGGAAAUAUGCGGCCGACUACGCGUCUGAUAUAAUCUCAUCCCUGAACCACUAUGUGAAUGGUUAUAUCGACUAUAAUCUUGCACUGAAUGAAGAAGGAGGUCCCUCUCUAAAUCGACAAACUGCUUCGGCCUCCAUAAUUGUCAACUCCCACAAUGCGGCGGAGUUUUACAAACAGCCCAGUUAUUAUGCCAUCGGGCAUUUCAGGUGAGCAAACAUUAAUUAUGUUUAUACUUUUUAUAUUAUUCAUACUUUAGUCAUUUCAUUCCGCCCGGCUCCAAAGUUCUGCCAAUUGCAAUUAGGAAUAACGAGGAUGAGUCCGUUGUUUAUACUCCCGGACCCAUUGAAUGUUUGGCGGUCCGGACUCCCGAAAUGAAUGUAGUUCUGAUUCUUCAUAACAUAGAAGAUCGGGUCCAUGCACUUACAAUUGAUGCUUCAACUCAGAAAACAAAACGUUUCCUGAAUGUUGGAAUGGCCCCCAAAUCUAUUCGGACUGUCGUUUGGAGGGUCGAGGCCGAGUAA